AUGCCAUCGCCAAACGAACGCCGGCGUGGCGUCUGGAGCCACUGGGUUCCGCUCGUCGUCACCGUCACCAUUGCCAGCGCCGGACUCGUCGUCUGGGCGCUGAGCCAGCGCAAGGAGGAGGAACACCCGAGCCAGGACCAGGAGCACGAGCAUCUCGACUAUGAGAAUGCUGACUACGGCGAUAACCCGCCGUACGGUGCGACCAACCGCGGCCCGCGCCCUGGUUCCGGUCCCGGUGGCGCGGAUACGCAGUCGCGGCCGGGAUACGGCGCGCCCCCGCGAAACGGAAAUGACGGAUAUGAAGCGCAAGCCGACGCCGGCGGCUCCAACUGGGGCGCGAGAAUGUCUGGUGCCCUCCGCCGAACCCCUAGCCCCCAGCAGUUCUUCGACUCGACCGGCAAGACCAUCACUGCUGGUGUGGCGGCAGCUGGCGCCGUCAUUGGAAAGACUUUGGCUUCUAUCCGCGAGGAGGAUAAGUACCCCGACGAUAGUAGAGUCUGGUCCGAGGAAGCCGAUGCUCAGAAGGACCGUGGUCCGGUCUCUGGUGAUAAGCGCCGCCGUACCGUCGCCGUCGUGGUAUCCGCCGAUAGCCCCUUGAGCCGCUUCGCGGAUGAGGAUUCCCACGAGCAUGCUCUGUUCAUUCUCAUCUACGCCCCCGAUCUUAAAGAUAAUGCCCUGGAGACUGCUACAAGUAACCUACCGCCGCCGUCGCUGAGCUCAUCAUUCUCUAACAUUGGUCAUGAUCAAGCCCAAACGCCUGGUGAGGAAGCCAAGAAUCCUAUCGAAAGCGCCGCUUUCAACGCCGUCUACUCGCAGGCUCUUGCACUUGUUGACAAGGAGACUAUGAUUCUUCCCUUCACCACUCCCAACGGCCACGUUCAUAUUCUCCGACACCUACAGCCAGAAGUCAUCUACCUCCAGGAGUCGCUUAGUGGCGACAGUGGCAGCAUCAUCACCAAUAUGCAGACUUGGCUCCGCCACGACCUCAUGCUUGUUGUCGGCGCCGAGAGUGGCUCCGGGGGUCUCGCUGAUAGUGAGUCGGAAGCUGAGCGCUCAACAAAGACUCAGAAAUGGUGGCAACGACCCGAGCGUGUUGGCCGCGGCAGGGGCAUCAUUGUUGUGGAUAGCAUGCGCGUAAAUGACGACUGGGCUCGCCGCAUCAAUGGGAAGGAAUAA